UCUGCAAAUACCUGAAAAACCCUAAACUGCCAGACAGGUUGUUGCUACAGAAUAUUUUCCAGGCUGUAAACAUCUACUACAACUACACGGGGCAUGCAUCCUGCUUGAACUUAACUCAGACUACUACUCAAAGUCUGGGCCUUCGGGGCUGGUCUUACCAGGCCUGCACUGAGAUGGUGAUGCCCAUGUGUUCGGACGGUAUCAACGAUAUGUUUGAGCCACAGAAAUGGGACUUCCAUGCUUACUCAGAGGAGUGUUUCAAAACCUGGGGCGUACGACCCCGCCCUUCUUGGAUUCCCACCUUUUACGGUGGGAAAAACAUAAGUGCGCACAGUAACAUCGUUUUCAGCAACGGAGGACUGGAUCCUUGGUCUGGAGGUGGCGUGACAAAGAACAUCACAGACACACUCGUUGCCAUCAUGAUUCCAGAAGGAGCUCAUCAUCUAGACCUGCGUUCCAACAACCCCUUUGACCCGAUCUCCGUUCUGCAGGCUCGCCUCUUGGAAGUCCACUACAUGAAGUUGUGGAUACAGAAGCACAAGAGGGUUAAAAAAUGCCUGAAGUAACUGGAUAUAGUUGUGGGGUUUUGUUGUAGCAACGAUUGUCCGUUGGCGAUCAUCUCCUUCCUGGGUUGUCUCUCCUUCGUCUUAGCUUUCUGCGCUUUCUUUAGCUUCUCCCAGUUCUCAAUCAAGAUGUUCUGUCUGAGACAAGUUGAAACCGACAUGGCUCAGCUUUGGUUAGGGAUGUCCCAUCCAUGUCUCUCAUCACAGGAAGCCGAGACAAUGUCUUCCUGUUCUUCCUUGAGCUGUAGGGUGCGCAACUGGGAAAGGAGAAUGCGUCUAAUCCCUUUUGCCUUCACCUUGCUUAGCAGUCUUUGUAGGGGGAGCUGGACACCAUACAGGUAGUCCUCGGCUUACGAACCACCACGGGGCCCCAAAUUCAAGUUGCUCAGUGAGAAAUUUGUUUUAGCGCCAUUUUGCGUCAUUUCCUGCCACAUUGAAGUGAAUCAUAGAGUGAUGCGGUGGCCUAGUGGUUGGAGCUCUUGCCUCACCAUUGGGAGGCUGUGUGAGUUCGAUCCUAGGCAGAGGCAGAUAUUUCUCUCUCUGGGCACGAUGAGAAUAUAUCUGCUGGGGGGGGGGGGGGGAAAUCCGCACUGGCAACAGGAAAGGCAUCCGGCCAGUAAACACUCAGCUCCAUUCAAUUGCCCAGAAUCUGUCCCGCAAAGGGAUUAAAGGGUCGUUAAAAGAGGAUGAUUCCUUAAGGGAAUCCCUGCACCUGUGAAAUGGAUAACAGGGUUGUUGAAGUGCAUCUGGCUUCCCCCAUUGACUUUACUUGUCAGAAAGUCGCAAAAGCAGAUCACACGUCCCUGCGGGUGUCGUAAAUGAGUCAGCUGCCAAGCAUCCGGAUUUUUAAUCUGGUGACCAUGGGGACGCUGCAACUAUCGUGUGUGAAAAAUGCUCGUAGGUCACUUUUUCCCCUGCCGUUGUAACUUUAAAGGGUCGCAACAUGGGCUGUUGUAAGUCGAGGACUACCUGUGUUGCCUUAAUUUAAGGAAUUCAGGGCAGAAACAGGUGGCAGAGCAGCAGAUAACUUAGGACAGGCAUCGCCAACCUUUUUGGACCUCAGGGACCACCAAACUCAUUUUAAAAACCUGCGGACCAGAGACCCUGGGAAAAUCCCCCCCAAAAAAAGUCUGCAGGAAAA